ACCAUUCCAUUUUCUGAUAUCUGGUUGUGCGUGGAACGCUUGGUUUUAUAAUUCAUCUACCAAUUUUGUGACAUCUGCAGCAAAAAGAAACACAGUGAUUAAUACCAUCUGUUAUAUAGGAUUCAGGUGUUUGGAAAAUAAGCCAUAUCACAAACUAUUACAUGUAGGGAAGGGACUACUCUUGUGGUUAUGGUAAAACAGCAAAAAUGGUUUAGUUUGUUUCUGUGAUCCCGCGCCGCAAGGAUGGGGUGUAUUGAGUCGAAGGUGGACUCGGAGGCUAGCGCCACCAAGGGGAGGAACGCAAGUACCGAUGACUACGAUGCAUUUAACAGCCGCGAGAAUGUACGAGGUUACGGCAAGGACCGGCCCAAGGCACAACGGCGGACAACACUGGAGGAAGUUGUCACAAAUGCUCACAAGAGGAGCUUGCGAGACAAAAAGGACAUCGAGAGACUCAAGAAAUUCAAACUCAAGUUGGACAGCUGGCGGACGGUCGAUAUUGAGAAAGUACGGGAGCAGCUCGGACCCAAUAUGGAAUGGUGGGCGGUUGGACCGAAGUUGUGUAUUCAUAAACCGGUGCCAUUGAUACCAGAGUCAAAGAGAAAAGGCUGGAGAACCGUCCGCAUCUUUGUCUCCAGCACAUUUGUCGAUUUCCAAUUCGAGAGAGAAUUCCUCGUCAAGAAGAUUUUCCCGCACUUGCGGGCAUGGUGCGAGGAACGCAAGAUACGUCUCAUCGAUGUCGAUCUGCGAUGGGGCGUACCGAAAGAUUCCACGGCAAAGGAGACGUUGGUGACAUGCUUGGCUGAGAUUGAUAGGUGCUGUGCCGAGAAUAAACAUCCCUACUUCCUUGGGAUGAUCUCGGAGAGAUUUGGCUGGGUGCCAAGCGAGGACCAGGUCCCAGAUGAACUUGCUCGAGAAUAUAAAUGGAUUCCUGGGAUGUCGGUGACUGCGUGGGAAAUGAUGACUGGUGCAUACUGGGAUAGGAAUCCUAACGCUCUCAUAUCCUUGAGAAACCCCAAUUUCCUGGACCAAAUCCGUGAUAGGACAAUUCGGGAGGCGUACCAAGAGAGCACGGAAAAAGGCGUCUUAUCUUUGAAGAAACUUAAAGGUCUAUUCCGUGAUACAUUCCCGAAUCAAACGUUUGAUUAUAACUGUAAGGUGGUGUUCCAGGAAGGCGCGAGGGUAGAGUUGGGAGAAUUUGAUGCAUUUGGUGAUCGAGUCCUAAACUUCUUCAAACAGAACAUCUCGAAGCAGUACCCACCUGAUCAUAUCUUUGAUAAACAGAGCUCGCUAGACAACUACUACCAGGACCAGUCGAUAUUCAUGGCCCAGUGGUCGAGGGUUGUCGGGCGAGAAACCAUCGCCAAGCAAGUCCACCAGUACGUCGACGAGGACCAGACUCCACUGACGCCGCUCAUUAUUCUGGGUAAGCCUGGCGCGGGAAAAAGUGCAAUGAUGGCGCACAUGGUUAAGGAAAUGAGCGAGAAUUCAAAAUAUAAGGUCUUCUUCCAUUUCAUCGGAGCGACGCCCGGCUCGGCGGACACCUACACGAUGUUAUCACGUCUCUGGCACGAGUUCCUCCCGAGCGAACCGCUGCCGAGUGAGCAGGAGGACCUUCAGCAGACGGUCGGCGCCAUGUUGGAACGCGCGGCCGCCAAGGAGAAAAAGAAAAAAUGGGUCGUUUUCUUCGACGCUUUGAAUCAGUUAGAAACGGAGGAUGCGCGGCGCCUUCGUUGGUUACCGAAGACGUUUUCAUCCAAUAUACGGAUAAUCGUCAGUACGACAGACGCCAGCUCGUGUCUUAACGUUUUGCGGCAGCGUGAUCCAGGAUUGCCCGAGAUCCUGUUGAAGCCUUUGGACGAGGCAGUCAGACGAGAACUAGUCACUAACUAUUUUGCGAACUAUAACAAAAAGUUGGAUAAAAAUCAGCUGACGGCCAUCGUCUCUAAACAAGAGGCUGGGCGUCCGCUCUAUCUCGCCAUCGCCCUGGAAGAUCUGCGGGUGUUCGGCAGUUUCAAGUGGCUGGACAAGAAGAUCGCCGACCUACCGGGAGACCUGAAAGGAUUAUUGGAAAUGGUCCUGGACCGAAUUGUGAUGGAGAACGGGCGAGAGCUAGUCACGGCGACCGUCUGCCUCUUGGAAGUGUCGCGAUACGGUCUCUCCGAGUCGGAGCUGUUGGAGCUGUUGUCGAUGAACCCUGUGACUCCGAGCAGUACCAUGAAGAACUCCAUGUGGUACCAGCGCCUACCAAUGGCUGAUUGGUCCCCUAUCUACAUCUCCCUGCGUAUGCUCCUCCGUCCGAGCGGAACGUCAACUGAAGGCCGUCUGCAGUUCUUCCACAAGUGUGUGCGUGAUGUCGUCUGCUCGCAGUAUAUCAAGAGUGAACAACACAGAAAAUGGUGGCACAAGCGGCUGGCGGACUUCUUCCAAAAUUGUCCGGACGUCUCGAGGAAAUCAGAGGAGCUACCAUACCACUUGGAACAAACGGGAGACAUCAAACGGCUACAGACGUGUCUCUUAGACAAGGAUAUCUUCGACCAUCUUUACCGGGAAGAGACGCGGCACGAGUUGAUGCGGUACUGGCGUAGUGCCGGCGGUUACGAUUUGGCAGCGACGCAGUACAUGGUCGCGUUUGAGGCACUCUUAAAGGAUAACUCUGUCGAUGACAUCGAGACAACCGCAGCCGUCGAGAUGAAAUUAGCGUGGUUCUUGAUUGAUAUUGCGCAAUAUGACACGGCGCGGUCGCUCCUGUUGGGGAUUCUCGAGCAGCUGGAGAGGACGCAUGGUGUGGAGGCGCACCACUUGAUGGAGCCACUUCAUGCACUCGUCAUGUUGUUUUAUAAACGCUCACUGAAUUAUGUGUACGCAACUGACGAUGGUUUCAAGAAGUGUAAAGAGCAAGGAGAACUGGUGGCUGAGCGCUGUGUGAAGGUUUAUACGAAACAUCGAGCAUCGGACGACGUUCACCUCGGUGAAGUGCUCACCCUCUGUGGCUACUUCCUUGGGCAGAAGUGCCUGGAGGCGGCGCAGGCGUUGUUUGAGAAGUGUCGAAACCGAUCUGGGUUGGUCGAGGUCUACUACCUGCUGGGAGAGAAGAACCAGUACCACCAAGAUCUGAGUGUUCCUGUUAAAUACUUUGAGAAGUCUCUGGAAUAUGCCACCAUACAGUUUGGAAUCUACCAUCAGAAGCUUGCCAGGUGUUACCAGUUAUUCGCUCAACUCUACUGGAACACGUACGUGACUUUUGAACCACUGGAAGACUACCUGCUCAAAGCCUUAGACCUGUACAAGAAGGAGCUUGCGAUUCAAGAGGAGCUCCUCGGGUCUCUGCACCCGACCACCGUCCGCGCUCGCGAGGAUGUGAUCAUCGUGUUAGAGACACUGAAUCGAAAUGACGAAGCGCUGAAAUAUAAACACAAUCAGCCAAUCACAUAGUCAGGAUUCUUCUCUGCGGCAUGAGUUGUUUUGUAAACGUGUGUCUUCUGCUCAGACUUUUGUAUACAGUUGAAGAGAGAUGGAAAUGCAUGAAUCUCUGUAAAAUUCUGCACGCAACUGCUGUCUGCGUCUGCAAGUAUGUAAUUAUCAUAUUAUAGACACUGAAUCCAAUCCAUGAGGCUUUAGAACACAAUCAGCCAAUCAUAUAGUCAUGAUUAUUCUCUGCAGCCUGUGUUUUUGCAAACGUGCGUCUUCUGUUCAGACUUUUGUAUACAGCUGAAGAGAGCUGUCAUUGUAGGUGAUACCCACAUCAUUAUCAUGAAAGAACACUUUGUUGCAUGCAUAUAAGACAAUUUGAUAUAAGAUGUUGAACAUGUUGUAUAACGUUAAAUAGUAAACUCUAAUCUUUCUGGGACACCCCGUACAGUUGUUAGUGAAAACGCCGCCAUGAACCGCCUCAAACUUUCAUGUGGCAGCAUCAGCAUUUCAAAGGGGUGUUUUCUUCAUGCACAUUGUUUUUAUGUGUCAUGACAAUCAUAGGUUAAUCUAUGCUUCUCUGCGCCAUUGAUAAGUAGAUGUAAAUUGCUGCAGUACAGUUUAUUAUGCAUGCAAAUGUGAUAAAAUUUGGCAUGCAUUCACAGGCGGAAGUUUCCAUCCUAGAAUCUAUGACAGAGGAUAAUUAGAAUAGAUUCUAUGAUGACCCGUCAUAGAUUCCAUGAUGGCCCAUCAUAGAUUCUUUGACGGCCCGUCAUAGAUUCCAUGAUGACCCGUCAUAGAUUCCAUGAUGACCCGUCAUAGAUUCCAUGAUGACCCGUCAUAGAUUCCAUGAUGGACCAUCAUAGAUUCCAUGAUGGCCCGUCAUAGAUUCCAUGAUGGAGAGUUUUCAUCAUAGAAAUCGCUAUUUAAUUGAACAAUCUAACGCUUUGGGUAUUUAUUGGCAUGCGUACGUUGUUGAAUUAGCUGCCUUAAUCCAAAUAGAUUAGUGCAAAGUAUUUAUAAAUGACAUGACGAUGCUUUUUACCAUAUUUAUUAUGUAUAUAGACAUGUUUUGAAUAUACGGUACACUAUGAAAAAAAAUGGUGUUUUCUCAUUCAUU